GGACGAACGCCACUCUUCUGGGCCGCCGCACACGGACAAGAGACCGUUGUGAGGUUGCUGCUUGAGCAAGGCGCUGACAUCGAGGCGAAAGAUGAUAAAAAUUGGACACCGCUUUAUUCCGCUGCAGUUAAUGGGCACGAGGCUGUUGUGAGGAUACUGCUUGAGCAAGGCGCUGACAUCGAGGCGAAAGAUGAUAAAAAUCGGACACCGCUUUAUUGCGCUGCA